CACAUCGUUUCUUCAACCUUAGACUGUGCGAAACCCAAGAUUACACUUUAUCUGUGCAACAUGUCUCGUCCACAGCAUACGAGGACCUUGUCGACCAAUCUGUCUUCGAGUGCUGGUGGCCGCGUGCUUGAGGGCAAGCUCGCCAUCGUUACAGGCGGGUCGCGAGGCAUCGGAGCGGCAACAUGCGAGAAUCUUGCAAGCAAGGGCGCUUCUUUGAUCAUUAACUACACGUCCGAUUCAUCGGCUGAAAAGACACAGAAACUGGCCGAGCAGCUUCAGGCCGACCAUGGCGUGCGUUGUCUAUCUGUUCAAGCCGACAUGGGUACGGAUAACGGACCGGCUCAUAUCGUCGCUAUGGCGAAGAACAACCUCGCGCAUCCCAAGACUGGCAAGUUCCAGAUUGAUAUCGUGAUCAACAACGCUGGCGUAGCCUCCAAGCAUUCACUUGAGGAGUGCACAUCCGCCGAGUUUGCCCGGUUGUACAACGUCAACGUACGGGGUCCGAUGCUACUGAUGAAAGCGGCCCUACCAUACCUACCAACGGACAGGAGUGGACGCGUGGUGAACGUCAGCAGCGUGAGCUCAUCUCUUGGGUUUGAGGGAGACGGCAUGUACGGUGGCACCAAGGCCGCGCUCGAAGCAAUGACCCGAACGUGGAGUAGGGAACUUAGUGAGCGAGCCACCGUCAAUGCCGUCAACCCUGGGCCCGUUGCUACCGAUAUGUAUGCCGGGACAUCGAAGGAGUUCCAGCAGAAGAUGAGUUACUGGACGAAGAACACGCCGUUAGCCGCAAUUCGUCCCGACGUUGACCGGCAAGAUCUAGUCGAUAAUGCUGAGCUUGCUGGUGGGCGACCUGCCUACGAUAGCGAGAUUGCUGGCGUCAUUGCGAUGCUAUGUACGCCAGACAGCGCAUGGUGCACUGGCAGCGUCAUCUGCGUAAGCUACCCAAUAUACCUAUGGCUGCGGCCUACCAGAAUGCUAACAAAAAUGUGA